GUGGUCCCCGGUUCCACGAAGGGGGCUUCAUGGUCGAUUUGAACGCCGAUCACGGCGCCACCUUAAAUAAGAAGAUCCGCUCUGCUCAGCUGGCCCAGUACAACUACAUAUUAGUGGUGGGGGACAAGGAGUGCGAGAGCGGCACUGUGAGCGUGAGGAGCAGAGCGGGCAAGCAGCUGGGGAGGAGGCCGACGGAGGAGGUGCUGACGGCCCUCACACAGCUGCGAGACUCCAGGAGCAACCUGGACCAGUUCUGAC